CUAAAGGUAUAUACUCAGUUAGAACUUAAUUGGUUCUCCCUCUAGUAUCGGAUCUGGAUGGGAAGAUAGGGUUUCUGGGAAUUCCCUGAUUGCUUAAUUGUACAGGGUUGAUGGAUUUUUCGACGAUUUAUUGGAUUUUGUUUCAGUGUUUUUAAAUGGAUGAGAUGGUUUGAUGGUUACUCGGAGGAGUAAUCAUAGCUCUUGAUGUUGGAAAAGAAAUUUCAUUUAUUUAGGUUUUCAUUUCUGUCGAAGAAACGAAUUGCCUACUACAGUUUCCCCAAUGGAGUAUCUGUCGAUUUGGUUUCGAGAGCUUCGAAUACUGGCUUUUGGAUUUGUGUUGGGAUCUAUGAAGCUCGUUGGCUAUUGGUUCUGAAUACACUUCAUGUGUAAUAAAGGAAUUUGGCGCUUGGAACAAUCGUGCUCGCAGUCUGAUAACCUCUUUAAUCAUCAUCAGUGGCAGUACCAGGCUGUGUUUGGGAUGGAGACACCUGCCACAGCCCCAACAACUACGCAGUCGCCGGGUUCGAAUGAAGAAAGCCCUCGUGUCAAGUUCCUUUGUAGCUUUGCAGGUAGCAUUUUGCCUAGACCUCUGGAUGGGAAGCUCAGAUAUGUUGGGGGAGAGACUAGGAUUGUGAGCUUGCCUAGGGAGAUUACUUGUGAGGAGUUGAUGGCUAGGAUGAGAGAGCUUUUCGAAGGGGCAGCUUUGUUGAAGUAUCAGCAGCCAGAUGAAGAUCUCGAUGCUUUGGUUUCGGUUGUUAAUGAUGACGAUGUGACCAAUAUGAUGGAGGAAUAUGAUAAGUUGGGAGCCGGGGAUGGGUUUACCAGACUCAGGAUAUUUCUGUUCUCACAUCCAGAUCAAGAUGCUUCUUCACACUUUGAUACAGAUGAGAGGGAAACUGAAAGGAGGUAUGUGGAUGCAUUAAAUGAUGGACCUGAUUACAGGUGGUCACAGCAGCAACAGUCUGAAUCCCCUACAAUGGGUCCUGUGGUAGCUGAACAGUAUUUUAAUUCAAUCAGCCUUGAGGCUGGUCUCCAUAACCAGAGGAAUUGCGAGAUGCCUUUGCCACAGUUUAAUUUACGUCAUCUCACCAUUCCUCAUCUAGGAUCUGGCCCACAUCAACAAUCCCACACUCAGAGAUAUAAUGAAAUCGAGACUCCUUGGAGCCCUGCAUACUGUUCACCCAGGCACCAUGGGCAUCAUGAUCCUUGGCCUUUGCCAGAGUACCCAUCUUCGCCAUCUUCGGGUCAUUACCGAAUGACAUUUGGAGACUUACACGAUAAGGGCUUGGAUAGGUUGUCUGAGGAAUAUGCACGGCAGCAACUGAGUCAUCAGCCCCAAUAUGAUCACCAGCCACAAUUUGUUGACAAUGUUGUAUGGCUUCCUCCUGGAGCUAUACCUAGUGAUAAGGCUGGUUUUCCAGGCAACUUGAGCCAUUCACACAAUGUUUUUGAAGGGAGUAAUAUCUGUGAGCACUGUCGAAUGGCUUUCCAAAGAAAUCUAACUUCAUCUGAUGCUGCUCGUUAUCCAGAUUCUCGUUGGAAGCAUGGUGUGCAACAACCACAUUUGGAGCAGCCAAGUACAGGGAAUGAAUUCCACCAAUUUGCUAAUCCAUGUGCCCAAUGUGCUUCCAGUAGGGAGACUUACAUGUUGAAUAUGGAACAAAAUGAGGCUCGAUCUUUCUAUAAUGAAGUUCAUGGUCAUGAACGAAGUUGGGCCCUACACCAUCAAUUAAACCAUUGUGGUGAGGAACCUAGGACACAUGUGUCUGGAGCUGGACGAAUGAGUGAGCACUACAUUGUAGAUGGUACUACUGGUGUGAAUUCUCUUCUUGCACAUGGUAAUUGCUCUGAUGGUCAUCAUGUUUCUUCCAAUUGUAUCAACCAUGAUGACCCUAGGUAUAUUCGAUCUGGACCUGAAAUGGGGAAUGGAGGGUUUCCUGACCAAGUUGUUGGAAGUGGGCUUCACAGUCAUAUUCCUGCACCUGAAGACCGUGGAGUUCGUUAUGGGAACUUCCCUCCUGCUUAUGCAACAGAGAAUCUUUAUCAGGUGUCACACGGACCUGCACCUUCACAUGCUUUAUGGAGGAAGGUGCAGAACCCUCUGCAUGUCACAUCAUCUUAUGAACCGUCGAGCUUGUUGCCUCAAGCCAAUGGUACGAUAAACUCAGGGUUCCUAAGGGGAACCCAGGAGGGUAGUCCUCGUUUUUGUAUUGCUGUGGAUAAUUCAAAUGCUUGGGCUGGGCCAUCCCAAAAAGUAUAUGCCUUUGAUGGGUCCCCACCAUCGGAAUUUCCCCAUGGCCAUGUUUCAAAAUUAAAAGCGCACAACCUUUGUCAUGAAAACCAGAAUGUUGCUUCAGAUCCUGUUCGAACCCAACCUAACAUGGUUGACCAUGCCGUGCCAAUGGUGUCUUCACUGGCAGCUGUGAUUGAUGAUAAGGUGGGUGCUUCAACUGCUUUAGGUUACACUCAAGGGCCAAGAGAUAACAUUGCUGUUGGAGUAGUGACGGUAGAGAAUAAUAUGCUAGGAGAGAGUUCUGAACUUAAGUGUGUAGAAACUGCUGGGCACUCUGAUGUGGCACCUACUGCUUUCUCAAAAGAAAACCAAGAGCCUGAUAAGAAAAAUGGGGAAGGAAAUAUUGUUUCAAGUGACAUCAGACCUGCUGAAGAGCAUGGUGAUACUGUAAAACAUGGUGAAACAGAUGUUCUUGCCACAGAGAAAGAAGACCUCUCAGCUAGGUGUUUGAGUUUCUUACCUGAGUUGAUUGCUUCUGUUAAAAAAGCUGCCUUAGAGGGUGUUGAGGAGGUAAAAGCUACAGUGCAAGAAAAUGCUGAUGGUGGUGUUUUGCUUGAUCCAAUGUCAAAAGAAGCAGCUUUGCAUGAAUUAGAAUCAGUGAUCAACAAUUUAGAUUUGGAUCAUGAUUCUGAUAGUGACCAUCCAAACAUCUCCAAGAUUGAGCCAACUAAGGCAGAGGAAGAAGCUUUGGCUAAAGGGUUGCAGACAAUAAAAAAUGAUGACCUGGAGGAAAUCCGAGAAUUGGGAUCUGGGACAUAUGGAGCUGUUUAUCAUGGAAAAUGGAAAGGUUCUGAUGUAGCAAUAAAAAGAAUUAAAGCGAGCUGCUUUGCUGGAAGACCAUCUGAGAGAGAACGCUUGAUUGCUGAUUUCUGGAAGGAGGCUUUGAUACUGAGUUCAUUGCAUCAUCCAAAUGUUGUGGCUUUCUAUGGAAUAGUUCGUGAUGGUCCUGAUGGAUCUCUCGCCACUGUGACAGAGUUCAUGGUUAAUGGAUCUUUAAAGCAAUUUCUGCAAAAGAAAGACAGGACGAUUGAUCGUCGUAAGAGACUCAUCAUAGCUAUGGAUGCUGCAUUUGGGAUGGAGUAUUUGCAUGGAAAGAAUAUUGUUCAUUUUGAUUUGAAAUGUGAAAAUCUGCUAGUAAAUAUGAGAGAUCCCCAAAGACCUGUGUGCAAAAUUGGUGAUUUGGGCUUGUCGAAAGUAAGACAACACACCUUAGUGUCAGGAGGUGUCCGAGGAACUUUACCAUGGAUGGCACCUGAACUCCUUAGUGGGAAAAGUAACAUGGUAACAGAAAAAAUCGACGUUUACUCGUUUGGGAUUGUCAUGUGGGAAUUGCUUACUGGGGAGGAACCUUAUGCCGAUAUGCAUUGUGCUUCUAUUAUUGGGGGAAUUGUGAACAACACAUUGCGUCCACAAGUUCCUACGUGGUGUGACCCUGAAUGGAAAUCUUUGAUGGAAAGUUGUUGGGGCUCUGAUCCGUCAGAGAGACCAUCCUUUUCAGAAAUUUCUCAAAGGCUGAGGAAAAUGUCUGCUGCAGUGAAUGUCAAAUGAUGCGUUCAUUUUCUAGCUGUAAAUAUCACCUUAUUGUAGUCUAGAAAGAUGAGGAAAAUACAGUAGAUCAUGCAGUUAGAUCACCUGCCUUUUUGAGAGGACAAUGGCCUUACUUAGCCUUAGAAAACCUUCUUAGUACUGCUAUACUUGGAUAUUUCUUGGUUGAGUGCAAUUAUAUGUGCUCUAGAUUGGAAUCUAUAAGGCUACAUUAUGCAUGAAGGAGAGCUAUGAAUGAUUGAUCAGAAUGAUCCUCAUUAUUUUGGUUGUUCUUAGGGCAAAGUUGUAUAGAUCUUCCAGAAGUAGGUGAUUUCUAUACUCCAGCCUUCGAGUUGGACCAGAGCUGGUAUGGGAAGAUGUAAAUAAGUUGUGAAUUUCAAUGUUCUAAGCUCCAUAUCAAAAG